UUAACACUUCCCAUGAAUCUUUGCCUUGAUCACCGAGCCAUCUGAUUUUGCCAGGACGAUGGCCUCAAGAACGAAGGCUCCGCGCUCCUGUAGUUGAACUUGAAACCCCCCAAACCAUCUUCUUCUCCUCCUCUUCUUCUUCUGUAAGGAGCCAGGGGACACUGCUGUCUAUGGCUUCUCGCAACAGUCGUCGUCGUCGCCGGAGAGAAGAUGGAGCUGUCGAGCGGGAGGUCGCGACCGGCCCUCGUCUUGGGAGCCGUUGCUUCUUCAAGAUCAUACUCUCCAACGCGCUGGAAUCUGGAAAGCUUGGAAUUCCAAAGAAUUUCUUGAGAAGAUGUGGAAAGGAUCUCUCAAGCUCGGUGCUUCUUAAGGUUCCAGGCGGUUCAGCCUGGACUAUAGAACUAGAAAUGUGCAACAAUGACUUGGUUUCGUUGUGGAAAGGUUGGCGGGAAUUCAUGGAGCAUUACUCUAUUGGUCAUGGUCACCUCAUAGUUUUCAAAUAUAAAGGGAACUCCACUUUUCAUGUAAUAAUAUUCGAUAAGAGUGCUUCAGAGAUAGAUUAUUCAUCGAGCAGCAGCAAAAUAUUGUACUUUGGGAGUGAAUUUCCCUCACCAAAAUCAGAAGAUGUCCUAGAAGCAGAAGAUCUGCAGGAUUCCACACCCCGUCAAAGAAUGAGGGUUGAACCACAUUUACCUUAUUCUCAGCUAAGUCUGAGCUACCCACCACAAGGUUUGGAAGUUUUUCAUGGUCCUACACCUCUGAGGCCUCUCACUGCUCCUGAAUUAUCCAAUGAGUUUUAUUCAGAGAAUCCCUUCUUCAAACUGGUGAUAAAUCAGGGUGGAAAAAUGAAUAUUCCUGUUGGAUUUGCCAGGCAAUAUAUUCAAGCAGACAGGGAAAUGGCGACACUUAGGUUUUCAGACGGAUCGUGGCUGGUGAAGCUUUUAAGAAAUUUGCAGGAUCACCAGGCAUGCUUCUCUGCUGAUUGGACUGCAUUUGCAAGAGAAAACUGUCUGCUUGUAGGAGAUGUCUGCAUGUUUGAGCUCAUUGAUAGAGAUGACGUUGUGUUCCAAGUCUCCAUCUGCCGUAGUGCAGCUUGUAUUGAUGCUGACCCCGAAGAACCAGAUGUGUCUCAAGCUCUGGCGGACUUGACAGAUAGGAUCCAACAGUCUACAUGCAGGGUGAGCCAUUCGGAGCUGGUUUUUCAUGGUCCUACACUUCCAAGGCCUCUUGCUCCUCCUGAAUCAGCCUGCAAAUUUGAUUUGGAACAUCCCUUUUUUAAAAUGGUGAUGCCCCGAUCUUAUUUGAAUUGCCUGAGUAUUCCGCUUGGAUUCAUCAAGCAACAUAUCCAGGAAAAGCCAAGAGCAACUCUUAGGUACUCAGACAGAUCAUGGUCAGUGAAGCUCAUCAGGAGCAACAGACACCUCAAAGGGGCUUCUGCUCUUCCUUCUCUGCUGGUUGGCGUGCAUUUGCAAGAGAAACUCAUCUGCGUGCAGGAAAUGUCUGCUUGUUUGAGCUAAUUGAUCGGGUUGAUAUUGUCUUCAAAGUCUCCAUUUUGAGUGGUGCCAGUAAGGACUUGAUAUACGUUGUUGAAAAUGAGUACUUGAAGUGUAUGCCUCCCUUAUUUGGUUGUGCUGCAUAACUGACGAGUACACUUUCUUUUCUAUGUUAAUUUAAAAUAUAGUGAUUUGUCUCCCUUAUUUGGUUGUGCUGCAUAACUGACGAGUACACUUUCUUUUCUAUGUUAAUUUAAAAUAUAGUGAUUUGUCUCUUUCGAUGUGAAGAGCACGAAUAAUAUUUUCAUUCAAAUUGUCUGACUUUU